AUGCCGGAGAAGGUACAUACCCACUUUGGGGACUCGGGUGAUGAAGUAGCGCCUCCAAAACCUGUACAGACCCUCCCGGGUCCCCCUGCCUUUGAAGAGGCUGGUCGGAAGAAGAAGCGGAACAAGAAACGGAAGCGCGACGAGCCUGCUACCGAAGCCCAACCGCUACCGAACAACGAACCUACGCAAUUAGCCGAGGCAUCCCCCACCCCUUCGAAUCCUAUUACGCCUGAUGUGUUGAAGCAGCAAGGAAGCCCUCUUCAGAAAACCGAAGCCAAAAAUGACCGAGUUUCGAAGCAUGCCGAGAGGCCCAAGGACCAGUACAAACCGAAGGGGCUGACCGACACGAAGAGCAACUUCACCUCCCUGAGAGAGAAAGCGAAUCUCCUGUACGAGCAGCGGAAAAAGCUCCCUAUCUUUGGUCAUGCCGAGGAAAUCCGAAACAAUCUUCGCGACCAAGAUGUCAUGCUUCUGGUUGGUGAAACUGGUAGCGGUAAAAGUACACAGAUUCCACAGUUCCUGGUGAACGAAUUCUGGUGUCGGCCCACGCCAGCAAAAGUCCAAAAAGAGGAUGGGACGUCAAAGUCGGUGACUGUUGGCGGAUGCAUUGCAAUCACCCAGCCUCGUCGGGUGGCCGCAAUCUCUCUCGCUCGGCGAGUUGCUGAGGAAAUGGGGACUCCACUAGGCUCCUCUUCUCCUGCAAGUAAAGUUGGCUAUUCCGUUCGUUUUGAUACCUCGACAUCACCAAGCACAAGAGUCAAAUUCUUGACGGAGGGCAUGUUGCUGCAAGAGAUGUUGCACGACCCAUGGUUGACCAAAUACAGUGCCGUUGUAGUUGAUGAAGUUCACGAGCGAGGAAUCAACGUCGAUCUGACUGUUGGAUUCUUACGCAAUCUUGUCUCUGGAAAGCUGGAAGGACGCGGAGGUGUACCACUCAAAGUCGUCGUCAUGAGUGCUACUGCAGAUAUGGAGAGCCUUAUGGGCUUUUUCCAGGAGGGUUUCAAAAAGAGCCUAAAGGCCCCGCCAACCGAAGAAAAGGAAGGGAAGGAUAAGCGGGAUAUCGCUGUCUGCCAUAUCAAAGGGCGACAAUUCCCGGUGAAAACCAUAUAUUCGCCAGAGCCCGUGCAUGAUUUCGUGGACGCUGCGCUUAAGGUCAUUUUCCAAAUACACUACAAAGAGCCCAUGCCCGGAGAUAUCCUGGUUUUCUUGACUGGCCAAGAGACAGUAGAGGCCCUAGAGCAUCUAGUCAACGAAUACGCCGUUGGGAUGGAUCCUUCUUUGCCUCGUAUCCAGGUGCUGCCGCUCUUCGCUGCUUUACCCCAGGCCGCCCAGCAAAGGGUCUUCGCUCCUGCACCCCCUCGCACACGCAAAGUGGUUUUAGCAACCAACAUCGCUGAGACCUCAGUGACCGUGUCUGGCGUCCGGUAUGUGGUGGAUUGUGGUAAAGCGAAAGUCAAACAGUUCCGUACUCGGCUUGGCCUUGAUUCGCUCCUGGUGAAGCCCAUCUCUAAAUCAGCUGCUAUUCAAAGAAAGGGUCGCGCCGGUCGUGAAGCCCCCGGUCAAUGCUUCCGUCUCUACACCGGAAAGGAUUAUUUGACUCUAGAUGAAACAAAUACCCCAGAAAUCUUAAGAUGCGACUUGAGCCAAGCGCUUCUGAACAUGAAGGCGCGAGGGGUGGAUGACAUUGUUCAGUUCCCAUUCUUGACCCGACCUCCCCGUGAGGCUCUCGAGAAAGCUUUGCUCCAGCUUUUAAAUAUUGAAGCCCUUGAGGAAUCUGGACGCAUCAGCGCGAUUGGUCUUCAGAUCGCCAAAUUACCACUAACACCAACUCUUGGACGAGUUUUAUUAGCAGCAGCAGAAAAUGGACCCGAGUGUUUGCUUGACAAAGAGGCCGCGGAGGCCGCACGCAAAGACCUUUACCGGCGCGAGGGCGACCAUCUGACCAUGCUCGCGACAGUUCGGGCUUAUUCGGGCGAGAAUAUCGAUCGGAAGGUGUGGGCCGAACGGCAUCUCGUUUCUCAUCGGGCGAUGCAGUCAGUCAUGGACGUGCGAAAACAACUACGCACCCAGUGCCGCCAAGCGAAACUUCUGCCACGAGGGGAGCAGGAAGGCCAGCACCAUGAUCCGUCGCCUGUUUUGAUUUUGCAGAGCUUCCUUGCUGGGUUUGCCACCAAUACUGCUCGCCUCGUUCCCGACGGAAGCUACCGGACGGUGGUGGGCAACCAGACGGUCGCGAUCCACCCCUCUAGUGUGCUAUUUGGCAAGAAGGUUGAGGCUAUCAUGUAUAACGAGUUUGUAUUUACGAACCGCAGCUAUGCCCGUGGUGUCAGCGCCGUACAGAUGGAUUGGGUGGGCGAGGCGCUCAGUGGGUAG